GGGAGGCAGGGAGCAAGCGCGGGGCUUCUGUCUGCCCUGCCCUCGGGUCCUCUGGGGCGCCUUCUGGCCUUGCAGCGGCGGAUGGUCCCGGGGCGACCCCGCCGAGAGCGGCUGCUGCGCGUGGCUGUCGGGCCGGACCGGCAGCGCUGAGCGAGCGCCCAUCCUUGGCGGGCGGGCAUCGAGGCGCGGCGGCGCCAAGGAGGCAGCCAAUCGCGGGCGGGCAGCGCCGCGCUUUGUGCGUCCGCGGGCGAGGCGAGACGAGGCAGCGCAACCCAGUCGGCGCCCCCUCUUUCGCCACCCCCGAGGCGGAGGAGACGGGAGCCCGCCCGAGCCAGGGAUUGAGAGAUCCAGCCUAAUCUGUACCCAGACAGAAGAAUUGGCUAACAGACUGAACCUAGAAACUUGUGUGAGGAAAAAUAAAAAGCCAUGUUCCAAGCCAAGGGUCCAGCCAGUACAACCUCCACUCAUGAGGCAAAAAGCGACUCGGGAACAUCCACUGUGCAGAGAUCUAAGUCGUUCAGCUUGAAGGCCCAGGUGAAGGAGACAUGCAGUGCCUGCCAGAAAACUGUCUACCCCAUGGAACGUCUGGUGGCUGAUAAAUUUGUUUUCCAUGCCACCUGCUUUUGCUGCAAGCACUGCCACACCAAGCUAAGCCUGGGCAGUUAUGCAGCUCUUCAUGGGGAAUUCUACUGCAAGCCACACUUCCAACAGCUCUUCAAGAGCAAAGGCAACUACGAUGAGGGCUUUGGGCGCAAGCAGCACAAGCAGCUCUGGUUGCAGAAAGAGGCGCAGAAUGGGACUGAGACAGCAUGACCUGCGAGCUCCAUUUUCCCCGUUGUGAGGGCCUUGGCAUAGGGGUGAACUGAGCUGAUGGGAAACGGUGGAGCUGGUCAAGGCUGCUGCGAGCAGUAAAGGCUCAGCAUGGUGGAUGCCAUUGGGUUGUAUGACUUUGGAUGCCAUUGGGUUUUAUGGUGCCCUGGACAGCUGCUCUGUGGGUGGAUACAAGAAGCCCCAGAAGUGGCAGUGGAGAAAGUGAAGAAUUUGUACAAAUCAUGCAAGAAAAGGCAAAUAAUGGGGCUGUUAGCACUGGUCAUGUAUAUGCCCUGUAUGAGGGAACCUUCCUCUGGUGCUAAUCCCUAGCCAGGAAAGCUUCCUGCCAACCCCUCAUUAUCAUGUAUGCCAUGGCACAUACAGCUCCCUUCACUGUCGGCACCCAUUUUGGCAACCCAUCCAUGCAGGCUUUCCACAAAUCUGCUGGAGCAACUUGCAAGUGGAUUUGGGGAGUGGACAAAUUACUCUUUCUGUUGUCUUUGAAUUGUAGUACUUCCUGGGAGAAUCUAGGCGAAUAGCACCUUGCCUGCAGCCAUUUUAAAAAAUGCUUGCAAUCCUGUUCAGUUUUGGACGAGAUGAAAGACAAUUCAGAUUGUCUUGGAUCCAGGAGCCCUGCUUCCAGAAGGAAAUUUUACAGUAGGAUAGGGGACAUCUGUCUCAGAGUGUGACCAGAAGGCACAUGAUAUAGCAACCUUGCUGAAGUUUAACAGGUCUGUCUGAUCAGAGCCUAGGAAACCCUGUAAAUACCAUGGGCUGUAAAUAGCAUUCUAUUAAUUUGGUUAAAAAUGUAUUUCUCUUGCUUAAAACAUUGCAUGCACCUUCUGGAGUAAGUUGUGUGCUCAGGAAAGCUGAAAAUCCCUGUUUCUUGUGCUGUCACUGUAGGUGGUAAUAAACCUAGAGAAAGGAUCAAGUGUGUGUGAUAGUGCAGCAACAUCUGGAAACCUCCACAUCAAGUGCAAAACUGAGCCAGGAAAUGGGAUUCUAAACUUUGCAUCCUCAUUUACAUCAGCUCAGCUCUGCCCAAAUAUUCAGCCUUAAACCCUGGGGAAGCAUUUGAUGACUCUGUCUUUUAUAUUUGCCUUUUUGACUGGUAUGUGAUAAGCUGAAGCAUGAACUUGUGUUAUGUCUCAAGCCUCACUGUUUGCUCUUUUUUUAAAAAAAAUAUUUUUGUAAUACAGGUUUUUUUAAUGUUUCUUGCUACAUGUUUUAUUAAAAGGUUUGAGAAUAGA